CACAGACCUUACGUUGCAUUAACUUAAUCCUUUAUCCGGGACUGACCGCCCGGCAGAUCCUCUCUUCACCAUUCUCCCCGACUCUCUCCCACCUAUUCUUACACCCAAUGCAACGAAGGGCCUGGCAGCGUCGCGGACUCCGUGCGAGCGAGAGCAGCGGCUCUCUGUGAAAGAUCUGCGUGAAAGCAGAGGCAACGACUGCCUGUGAAAUCUCUUAAGGCCUGUCUUGCUGCUGCCAAGGUGAGCAGAGAGAUCCGCCUCUUCCGUGACACUCAUUGCCUGUGCGUUCCCUUUUUUAGCUCGUGUGCAGAUCUGUUGCUGAUUCAUUCAUCCCUGCCGCCGGCUGCUCGAGUGGGUAGUACAACACCGUCCGGCAUGGGCCACUGGCGUGUGUAUGUGAUGGGCGCGCCGCAGACCGGCAAAUCAUCCUUCAUCCAAUGCCUCAUCAGAGGUGAGUGAAUGAGUCGACCAACACUUUGCCGCACACACACGGCACAAAGAGACAGACACAUUCCGGGGUGGGGUGAGUGCAGGUACAGCCACGCCCAUCUCUCCGCCCGUCGGCCCGCUGCCACCCAUCACCAUUUCGUCACGACACCUCCACCACGGCACGCACAUCGAGAUCGUCGAAACACACGACACAGACCUGCCGCCCGCACAGGAGCUGACGGCAAUGGACGGCCGGGCGGGGUUCGUGCUGGUCGUGGACGCUUCUGUCGAGCAGGGCAUGAUGGACCGCGAGAUUGGCGACUGGCUUGGGCGAGUGAGGGCCGUGGGUGCUGGGCCUUGUGUGGUGGUGGUGAACAAGGUGGACAUGGUGGGCGUCAUGGGCGAGAGGUUCGAAGAGAUGAAGAAACGGUGAGUUGAGUGACCGAACAGGCACUCACAUACAUGUAGUUGUCUUGCCCACGUCGGCUUGUUUGUCAGGCUGCGCCAGUGGCUGCUUUACCAGGAGGCCAUCUCCCACCUGCUGUUCCUCUCCUGCACCCUCCCCCACGACACGCCAUCCAUCCUCCCGGCCAUCGAACGGGCUCUCUUCAUCCCGCCACUCAUCACAACCACACCAGAGAGGACCGUCGCUCUCAAGCCGAGUGUGCUACGAGCGGUGCGUGAGGUGCACCAGUGCUUCGACGGCCGCCUGCGUGGCGUGUGGGAGGACCGUGAUCUGGUGGGCUUCCAUCUGUGGGGAUUCAGGGUGGGCCUCGCGACACAUGAGGUGGAGAGACUCCGGUGAGAAAGACACACAGGCAGUCUCGAUGUGUGUGGAAAGGUCAUGUGUGCGUUGCAAUGCACCUUGUGUGUAUGGGCGCGGCGCAGGUGUGAGCUGGAGCGUCGGUUUGGGUGUGUCCAGGGGCGGAUGACGAGUGACGGGCUGGAGCAGCUCCUACGGACUCUCAGUGUGGGCGACACGGCCAUUACUGCACACAUGGCUCUCAAGGUGAGGGCAGGGCACCAACACGUGGACACUCUCCUCUCCGUGUGUUGUGUAAAUCUAAUCUAUCAGUCUCUUGGCUACGAUGACGGCUACGACCUGACCCCCCUGGCCGUGCCCCCUCCGCCCCCCGCCCACUCGUACCAACUCACACAGCCCGCAACGCAAUUCCUGACCCAGCUCUUCAUCAACCUCGCACAGAACGAAGGGGAAGCUGAGGAUGGGGGAGACCCCGCCGCGCUCCAUCAACACGAAGGCCAUUCCCCAACGGCCAUCAUGACGGACAGGCCCCUCUCGUCAGUCCGCUGUCCGCUGUCGGCCCUCAUGCGGCCGCCUCACUCGCAUGACGGCCCCAUCCUGCCGCCGGAGGUGGUGGAUUUCUUCGUGAGCUUGUCUUAUCAGUCGAUGCCGCCGCCCUCCCGGCUGCAGCACCUGCAUAUGGGGGAGAUGGUGGGUGGUGGGGAGGGAGGGGUUGACGGUCGUGGUGAGGUCGGUGACGUGUGGGUGGAUGGGAUGACGUGGCUGGGGGGGUGGAAUGCCAUGGUCGUCGGGGACCCGGGCAUGGCCGUGCGCGCACUGCGGAGGUGAGAGAGGGACAGGGAGAGGGAGAGGUAUGGCAUUCUUCUUAGGGGCAUGUGCGUUGUGCUGCAGGCUGGGUUAUCGGCCAUCACUCCAUCCAAAAGCCACACCAGACACUGCAGGUAGGAAGGACGGCACAACACAACACAACGCACAAUCACCAGGAGAUACAGACCAUGCGUCCCUCCCUCCCUCCCCUGCCUUUCUCUGUUUAUCACCUUCAGACCAAUCCUCCCGGCCCCCUCCCUCUCCAUCCGAGCUCCCCGCGGUCCCCUCCGAGCCCAUCGAGGACUUCCUCUCCACCCUCUCCAUGCCAGUCGACAUCUCCAAGCGCAUCACAUUCUCGUGUUUGGUAGUGCUGGAGGGCGGCGAGGAGCAGGUGGCGGGAUAUGUGGGCCGGGGUGAGCUGCCCACCCCGCCGCCGUGGGAGAGCGAGGAGCUGCAGGGGACGCGGGCCUUCUGGGGGAGGCAGGUGCAGCGGCUGCUCGUCGCGGCCGAGAGGGCCGCACAUAUCAAUGGGGGCAAACACAGCAAGGUCAGUAAGGUGAUCAGAGGCGCGUCUGUGAGGCUGUUGGUUGGAUGGAAUCUCUCUGCGUGUGUGUGCGUGUAUGCCAUAGGUGCUGCCCCCUUUGCUGUUCCCUCUGAACAGUGCCAAGAGCGAGUCGGACCGGCGGAUCCGGCAGGCCGACACCUCAGUGUCCCUGCUGCCCCUCCCGGCCUCCCUCACAGCCAUCCACACGCACCCACCGAUGUCCACAUACUACUACACACCUCCGCCAUCGGUCCCCAGCUCGCCGUUCAACCACCGCCACAACAGCAGCAGCAUCAGCCAUGACAGCACACACGACGUGGCGGCCAACGAAGCCAAGGCGUGGAUGGUGGUGCUGCCCUACUUCGACAACAGUGGCACUGACAGUGAUGCCGCUGGUGAUGGGGGAGGAGUGGUUACUGACGUGUGGAACGAUAUGUGUGGGCGCAUUGGGCCGACAGACUUCAUCGUCGACGUCAGAAGAUCCUUGCAGGUGGGUGAAUGGGGAGAGGUCACCACACUCAGACACCCAAACAUGCAUUCAUUGUGUCCCCGUGUGUGUGUGUCUGUCUGCAGGAGCCCCCCAGCGCCACAUGGCUGUUCCGCGAUGUGCGUCUGAGCGACCCCACCCGCAGGCCACCCCGCCGCCGCACACCCCUACCCCCUUCCCUACUCACUUCGUAUGUACGCCACCACAGAGCUGCCACACAAUCAGCCGCAUCAGGAGGAGCGACCAGUGGCGCUGCUGGCGGCGGCAGUCAUCACCACUACCACCACCACCACGGCCCUCCGCCACUGACCUUCGUGGCACUGGAGGGGCUGGCAGAGCUGGAGGAGCAGCUCAGGGGAGGGGAGAGGGAGGUGUGUCGCCGGCUGAAGCGGUCGCACUCGCCCAUGGUGAAGCUGCUGGCUGUGUUGGGGCCGCUGUGUGGGGCUGCAGUGGGUGUGUUGGUGCUGCUGGGCUUAGUGUACUACUAUGAGCGGCGAGGGGGGGGAGGGAGGGGUGGGGGAGUGCUCAAUGAGAGGACACGGGAAUGGCUGAGGAAGAUGGGCUGGAUCUGACGUGACCAUGUGAUGUGAGACUUUAUGAUUGUGAGCUUUUUGGGGAUUCGUAUUGCA